UCAUUCAAUGAAUUUGAAUAUUUUUAACUCUGCUUAAGAGAGAGGGGCUCGGAAUGUAUCGCUAUGUAACACAGCGUAUUUUGCUUCAUGAACUUGGUUUACGUUCUGUCCCAUAGUGAAGAGCAUUUAGUUUUGAGUCCAGUUAGCAGCAUCCAGUUAAAAAGCAAUCUGUUCGUGUUGCUGCUAAGUAUAUUUACAUCACAACACCUAUUGGGCAAAAAAGUGAAAAUGUCGGCUCCCGUUCUCUUAUCGGAGACUUGUCGGUGCUGCCUGACGCGAGGGACUGGUAUGUUCGAUGUUUUUGUCGCAUUGGACGAGUUUAAUAACAAAAUUUGUGAUUUGAUUGAAAGUUGUGCUGGUGUACUGGUUAGAAAGGGCGAUCCCUUCUCCAAGAUCAUCUGCGAGCAAUGUCUUAACGAACUAGUCAAUGCCGUGCGAUUCAGGCAGCGUUGCUUAAAUACGGAUCUCUUGCUAAAGAAUACUCGUAAUCCACUAAGGAAUAUUGAAACAAAAUCAUUAAGGUCAGAUAUCAGUAGACCUGGUACGUUCAAGGAGGAAAUAGAUGACCAUACGCCGAAUUCUUAUACCAGCGUUCAGAGUCAUGCUCCACUGGUGCCGCCAAAGACUGAAUCCAGGGUCGCAUCAGAUGAAAUCGAACAAAAGGAUUCAUCUCACCAAUUUACUUGCGAAAUAUGCUGCACAGUAUUCAACAAUAAACAUUCACUUUUGUCCCAUAAGGUUGUGCACUCUAGUCCGCCGGUACACACCACUCUGGGGGUAACACCCCGUAUUAAUCCAAUGCAGAGUGCCAAAAUCAAACGAUCGUAUGCAUGUGAAAUCUGCGGCAAAAAUUUUUACAAAGCAUGUGAUGUUAAGAAGCACAUUCGCAUUCACACAGGCGAACGACCGCACGAAUGUGACGAAUGCGGUAAAAGUUUCAUCGAAAGCAGUCAUCUGAUGAAGCACAAGCGAGGACAUAUAGGCAAGCGGAACUACAAGUGUUACAUAUGUGACAAAUCAUUCAUGGCCAGUAACACGCUCGCACAACACAUGCACACCCAUUCAAAUGACUUACCGCAUAAGUGCGAAAUAUGUAGCAGAGGGUUUUACAAGAGGAGUUUGCUGGUGUACCACAUCCGGACCCAUACUGGAGAGCGACCGUACCAGUGCGAUAUCUGCGAUCGCAAGUUCAUACGAGGUAAUUUGCUCCGGCAGCACAUUCGAAUGCAUACCGGUGAACGUACGCACAAGUGUGAGAUUUGUGGCAAGGAAUUUAUCGAAAGUUGCCGCCUAUUGCGGCACAUGCGCAUCCACACUGGGGAUCGACCGCACAAAUGUUCAAUUUGUGGGAAAGGGUUCAUCCAGAACUGCAACCUGACCAGACACAUGCUGAUCCACAAUAGUUCGAAAUCGCAAAAGUGUGACACGUGCGACAAAGAAUUUCCAACGAAAGGCAAACUCAUACAGCACCUUCGCAGUCACAAUAACGAUCCGCUUAAUAAGUGUGACAUUUGUGAGAGGCCGUUUUUCAGUAACGGUCAGCUGAUGCUGCAUCGAAAGACACAUGAUGGGAAAGGUAUUGGGAAGUGGGAUACUUUUACUGAAACUUGCUGAGAAAUCUUGCUCAAAAAUCGAUGAGAUUCAAUAAAACAGCUCAACUAUUGCCAACGUUCAA